CGAGGAGAUGUUCCGUGUUAGCGAUCGGGACCACCAUGCAUCAUCGUCAUAUCGUGAUCAUCGUGCGGGUCGUAACGAUGACUACUGUCAUCGGUCUAACCGCGAACGGGAUCGUGAUCGAGACCGUGAUCGCGAUCGCGAUCGUGACCGUAGCCACCGUGAUCAGCGGGAUCAUCGCGAUCGGAAUCAUCGUGACCGUGAUUACGAUCGAGCGAGCAAUUCGCGGUACCGGGAUCAUCACAGAGAUCGGGAUGAUCAUCGGGAUCGUCGUGAACGGCGCAGCCGUAGCACUGAAGGCGCGAGUCGUAAACGCUCCAGCCGUAGUCGAUCGCGUUCGAAGGAAUCGCGGUCCCGGGAUCGCCAUCGGGCUCAUCGCGACGAUCGUGGUCGCGAGCGGACGGCGCAGGAUCGCCUUUCAGCUGAAAUCGAACAAGAACUGGCUAACCUACGAAGGCAGCACGAUUUAAAGGAAGCGAUGAAGAAACAACAACAGCAACAACAAGGAGAGCAAGAUGGAACACGUGAUCUUGAUGGCAUGCAAGAAAAUUCGUUGGCAUCAGGAAAUAAUAUCAAGAGUUACGGGCGUGUCGAUAGGCGCAAACCAACCAGUUUCUUGCCGAGUGCCAAUACCACUGGUUCUGAUAUAGCUCCAGUCGAGUACGUGCCCGAGAUACAAACGGAAGAGGAGCGAAUCGAAAUCCAGCGCAAAAUGCAGGAGCGGCUUCAGCAGCAUCUGGCCUCUGAGGGUAAACUGUAUCCUCCUCCAGCGAAGCCUCACCGGGAAGCCCCCGUACCGACAACCGUUUCUGGUUUUGCGAACGAUGGCUCGUUUUUAGAAAUGUUCAAAAAACUGCAACAACAAGCCGUGGCAGGCAGCGCAUCGACGGUUUCGGUGCCAUUAGUCGUUCCCGGAGCCGCUGGGCCCCUGGCAAACGUGGCAGCAAAACCCAUGAUUGUGCCUCCUGCGAUUAGUGUAGGUGGUUCGAAGGUUCCCUUUACCGCCCAGAAACCGGCGUUGGCUCCGUACAAAAUGACUCCGACAGCAACGGCUGCGUCAAUGCUCGUGCCACCGUCGGUCGCGGUUCCACAGGCGGUGGUUAAGUCGGCCACCAUUGAAAAAGAACCGCCUCCACCGCCGUUACCAGUGUUUGGUCGCAGGCGCGGUGGAAAAAUACUUAAAACUGGUCUCGUCAAGAAGGUCCGCCCCAUCGAAGAGACCCCGACGGAGACCCCAAACGACGCGUGGACGUUGUAUCUGCAGGAGGUAAAGAAGUAUAAAAGUGCUUCUUGCGAUGCGGACUCGAAAACACGCCCAUUGGUCAAAUGAGCUAUGGGA